AUGUCGCUUAUUAGAGAUUUCAUAGAGGCUAUGGCACCAUCUCAUGCCUAUGCAGAAGAGGCUGAGGAAGAAGAGGAAGCAGUUGAAGAUGUUAAAGAAGGUGAUGCUGAGGAAGAAGAAGAGGAGGAUGAAGAUGAUGAUGAUGAGGACGAAGAUGAGGCCGUUGAUCCUUUAGAUGCUCUCAAAGAAGAGUGUCAAAAAACUGCUGACUGUGCAAAGAGUGUGAAGGAAUUCCAGGCAUGUACAGAGAGAGUGACAAAGGCCGAAGAGGAUCCGGAAUACGCAAAUAAGGACUACAAGGAGGAUUGUGUGGAGGAGUUCUUCCACUUGCAGCAGUGUGUGAACAAGUGUGCAGCUCCAAAGCUCUUUAGUCAUUUGAAAUGA